AUGUUUUACAGGUUAAUUCAGCAGCUGCGGAAAAAGGACGAUGCCAACUUCAAGCUGAUGUCGGAUCGGAUAAAAGUCAACCAGAUGUACAAACUUCUGCGCGAGGAAAACCAAGUGCUGGAGGAUCAAGUAACAACUCGCGACAGUCAGAUCGAAGCGAUGCAUGUCGUGCUACGUGCUACGCUAGAGGAAAAGGAACUCAUCCUGCAAAACAUCAUCACAACGAUAGAGAAGGAGCUGGUAGCCCGCCAACAGGCAAUGGAAAUGCACAAACGGAAAGCCAUCGAAUUUGCCCAGUCCGCGGCCGACCUGAAGCUGCACCUCGAAAGGUAUCACGCCCAGAUGAAGGAAGCCCAGCAGGUGGUAGCGGAGAAGACGAGCUCUCUGGAAGCGGAAGCCUACAAAACCAAGCGGCUGCAGGAAGAGCUGGCGCAAUUCAAGCGCAAGGCAGAACGCAUGAAGACGAUCGAAAUGUCUGGCACUCUGUGCUGUAGCUGUGGCCUGUGACCGGUAUUAAGCUUUUAUGUACGUUCUCUAAGUGAUAGUCCAUGUAAUUCAAUUUAGUGUAAUCUAGGAAUCCUAAUGAAAUUAAACACUUUCCUAAUUACAAAAUCAAUUAUAAUUCAACCCACUUAUUUCGGACCGCAUAUACAAUCCGAGAUCAAUCGACGUCGGUAAAAAGCU